GCGAUGGUGCACCUGCCCUGCCUUGCCGCUGUGUCACGGAUCUGCAGGGCAGAUGGGUCGUGGAGUGGGGAGGUUUUACAGAGGGAUCCUGAAGCAGACACACACAUCUCUGCAUGCCUGAUGAUGAAAAGCCUGUCAUCACCGUCUCUCAAAGCAACAUAAAUAUGGCCGUGUCAUGUGACCCAGUUAUUGUAAUUUAUUCAUGGAAAACUUCCUGAUGUAUUCUCCACUUAGGCUUCAGGGUAUAUUCACCCAAAAUUAAAAACAUAAAUACUUAAACCUUUUGAAGGAUUUAAGGGACAUUCAGAGUUGGUUUAUAUGAGAGCAUAUCCUGUUGUGAAAAAAUCAGGAGCUUUGUGUUUUUCUGGAAUCAUGCAGAACUGUAGUCUUUUUUGGAAAAUAUAGGUCUUUUGCUAUUUCCUAGUAACAGUGUCUGAAGGAGCUGGGCUUAUAAAAUUCAAAUGCCCACAGGGACCAAUCUGGAAUGUAAAGAGCACACUGGAGCUGAUACCAAAAAAAAAAAAAAAAAAAAAAAGCAUAGUUUGCCUUUAAACCUGUAAACCUAUUUUUGGCUUCCACAAAGACACAGUUCUCCUCUCUAUUUUUUUGUUUGUUUGUUUGUUUGUUUGUUUGUUUUUUUAGACAGAGUCUCACUCUGUUGUCCAGGCCGGAGUGCAAUGACACCAUCUCGGCUCACUGCAAACUCCACCACCCAGGUUUAAAUGAUUCUCCUGCCUCAGCCUCCCGAGUAGCUGGGACUACAGGCACAUGCCACCACGCCGGGCUAAAUUUUGUAUUUUUAGUUGCGGCAGGGUUUCACCAUUUUGGCUAGGCUGGUCUUCUCUCCUUUUUAUUGAACACAAGUGCCCCGUUUGGUUUAUCUUUUGAUCGAGAUGUGGUUAUAGAGAAAUAUUUCUCAUCUGUAAGGGAAACAGCUGUGCAAAUGUGAUAGUGAAUGGCCAAAGACAUGUAGUCUUGGUGUCAGGGUGACAACAGGGAAUGGUGGGGACUGUGGCAAACUGGGCCCUGAAUCCUGGUUGCUAUAAGAAGGUGGACCGAUGGCAUCAGAUAGUCCAGUUUUUCAAGAGAAAUAUAAAUCCUUAUGUGUUAGCUUCCUAGGGCUGCCUUAACAAAGUACCACAAAAUCAGUGGCUUAGAGCCACAGAAAAAGGCCGGGCACAGUGGCUCAUGCCUGUAAUUUCAGCACUUUGAAAGGCCAGGGUGGGUGGAUCACUUGAGCCCAGGAAUUUGAGAUCAGCCUGGGCAACACAGCAAGACCCUGUCUCUACAAAAAAUUUAAAAAAAUAGCUGGAUGUGGUGGCACCUGAAGUCCCAGCUACUUUGGAGGCUGAAGCAGGAGGACUGCUUGAGCCCAGGAGGUCAAGGCUGUAGUGAGUCAUGAUUUUGCCACUGAGCUCCAGCCUCAGUGACAGAGCAAGACCCUGUCUCAAAAAAAAAAAAAAAAAAAAAAAAGGAAAGGAAAUGUAUUAUCUUACAGUUCCAGAGGCCAGAAUGCUGAAAUUAAGGUGUCGGUAGAGCCACGUUCCCUCCCUCUAAAACCUGUAGCAGACCCUUCCUUUCCUCUUCCUAGCUUAGAGUGGUUUCCCAGCAAUCUUUGGUGUCCUUGGUUUGCAGCUUGAACUCCAAUCUCUGCCUUCAUUGUCAGUGACAUUCUACCUGUGUGUCUCUGUGGCUUCACGUAUAAAGCCACCACUCAUGCUGGAUUAGGAGUCCACCCUACUCCAACGUGACCUCAUGAUAAUUUAACUACAUCUGCGAUGAUCCUAUUUCCAAAUAAGUCACAUUCUGAGGUACUGGGAUUAGGACCUUAACCUGUCUUUUUGGGGGGAUACAGUUUAAUCCAUAACACGUUACUUUAUGUGAAAUUGAAGGAUUUAAAUGCUGGAUUUUAAAUGUCUGUAAUAUUAAAUGUCCGAAUACAGGUUGAACAUCCCUAAUCCAAAAUCCAAAAAUCCGAAAUCCAAAAUGCUCCAAAAUCUGAAACUUUCUAAGCACCAACAUGAGGCCAGGGAAAUUUCACACCUGGCCUCAUGUGACAGGUUGCAGUAAAAACACUGUCAAAACUUUGAUUCAUGCACAAAAUUAUUUAAAAUAUUAUAUACAAUUCCCUUCAGGCUAUGUAUUAUAUAUAAAGUGUAUAUGAAACAAAUGAAUUUCAUGUUUAGACUUGGGUCGCAUCCCCAAGAUACCUUAUUCUGUUUAUGCAAAUAUUCCAAAAUCUGAAAAAACAUCCAAAAUUCCUUCUGGUUCCAAGCAUUUCAGAUAAAGGACACUCAGCCUGUAAAAUAUAUACCUGUGGGCCACAUAAAAUAUAUCUAUGGGUGCAAUUUGGCUCCCAGGCUGCCUCCUGGUGGCCUUUACUGCAGCGUUCAGGUAAUGCCCUUAGAGUGGCCUGGCUCAUUGAUGAUUUGCUAGGUCCUGGAUUCUCAGAUGAGUGGGUAUUUAUACAAUCUCAUUGAAUUCUCACAGCCACCCCAUGUAGUUGGUAUUAUUUUUUCAAUUUUACAGCUACAGAAGACAUAUAUAUAUGAAAUAUAGAAAAAACUCAGAGAAAAAUUAAAUUGACAAGGCUGAGUUUCAAACUCAAGUCUGAGACUACAAGGCCCAAGCUUUUCCCACCAAGCCAAGUCGAACACGGGACAAAUUUCUGCACAUUGACAUUAGAAACUCAGAAAUAGGAAGUGGUUUGAGUAGAACUUGUCUAUAUUUAUUUGUUUGUUUGUUUAUUUUAUUUUUUAUUUAUUUACUUAUUUUUUUGAGAUGGAGUUUCGUUCUUGUUGCCUGGGCUGGAAUGCAAUGGCACAAUCUCGGCUCAUUGCAACCUCUGCCUCCCAGGUUCAAGCGAUUCUCCUGCCUCAGCCUCCCAAGUAGCCGAGAUUACAGGCCUGUGCCACCAUGCCCGGCUAAUUUUGUAUUUUUAGUAGAGACGGGGUUUCUCCAUGUUGGUCAGGCUGGUCUCGAACUCCCGACCUCAGGUGAUCCACCCGCCUCAGCCUCCCAAAGUGCUGUGAUGACAGGUGUGAGCCACUGCGCCUGGCCUAUAUUUAAAUAUAUACUUCUAUAGAAGACAUAGAACCACAUUAUAGAAUAUCUGGGAAAUAAAAAGUGAUCUAUCACCGCGGUGCCUCCCCGGCACAUUGGUGUUGCUGUUUUAAUUCAUUUCCCCAGCUGGAACUGCGGUAUACACAUUUGCACCCUGGAUUUUAUUUAACAUUAGACUGCAAGCCUUUAUCCUGUGAUAGCUGUCAUUGUAAAUGUAAAUUUUUAUGGCUACAUAAUCUGUUGAGGAGAUGGACCAUAAACGGGUUUACUGUUCUACUAUUGUGGGGCACACUGCUUUCAGCUCCUCAGCCCUAUGAAUGAUGCUGCAAUAGCUGUGCUUCUGUUUACACAGACAGCUCUUUCUGGCCCAGCUCUAUUUUAUUCCCUGACUGUUGAACAUGUCAUUAAGUGACUGUACCAUUAUUUAGCUACCCUUUCCCCUACCUUUGGACUUGCUGUUUCCGUAAAUGUCACCACAGCAACCAGCUUUUGUCUGGAAAGCUGUGUCCAUAAUCAGAAUAGUUUCCAUGCAUAGAUUCCCAGAAGUUGAAACGUGGCUCAGAGGGUGAGAAGGCUUUGACCAGAGACCAUCGCGCCCACCCCACCCCACUGCCUCAUGGAAGAGUUGCACCAUUCUGCACAGCUGCUGGGAGUGUGCGUAACAGCCAUUUUCACCAUGGGACAUAUGUUUAAAAGGCACAAAUCUAAAGACUGUGCAGUUUGUCCCAUUAAUGGGAUGUGCUGUGGCGUUACACACCCCAUAGAGCUUCCACGUGGGGUUUUGAAAAAUCCAUUGUUGAGCCAAGAAUUUAUUUUUAAAGUCUAUAUCAGAAUGCCUGGAAUUAAACAGAGGUUUCUUUUUCCCCCCGUCCCUCAUCUUCCUGACUUCUUUCUUUCUUUCUCUCUCUCUCUCUUUCUUUCUUUCUUUCUUUCUUUCUUUCUUUCUUUCUUUCUUUCUUUCUUUCUCUCUCUCUCUUUCCUUCCUUCCUUCCUUCCUUCUUCUUUCUUUCUUUUUUCUUUUUCUUUUUUGAGACAGACUUUUUGCUCUUGUUGCCCACACUGGAAUGCAAUGGCAUGAUCUUGGCUCGCUGCAACCUCCACCUCCCAGGUUCAAGUGACUCUCCUGCCUCAGCCUCCCAAGUAGCUGAGAUUACAGGCAUGUGCCACCACACCUGGCUAAUUUUGUAUUUUUAGUAGAGACGGGGUUUCACCAUGUUGGCCAGGCUGAUCUCAAACUCCAGACCUCAAGUGAUCCACCUGCCUCAGCCUCCCAAAGUGCUGGGAUUACAGGCAUGAGCAACUGCAACUGGCCAUUCUUCCUGAUUUCUGAAUGUGUUUAUGGGAGGAGAAAUUCACAAAGGGUUAGAAUUGAAUCGUGAUUUGCUACAUUGCCUGUACAACAGGCAAGGACAGGGGCUGUGUCUGUCCUGCCCACUGUGGCCUGUUCAUUGCCUGGCACAGAGUAGGUGUUGACUAAAUAGUCCCUAAAUAGUUGUUGGCUAAAUAAGCGAAUUGCCUUUACUGGAAAAAUGUACUUGUAUGACACUGGAUUGUUGCAGAAGAACGGUGAUGUGUGGUCACUUUAAUGAAGAUAGUUCCGUGUCAUUAGGAGGCCGAAUUUGGGGAUCUGUGUAGAAACUUUCCUGAGUUGGUUUAGGGUCUUUUCUAUUCACUGUUUCCUGGGCCCACCAGCAUUUUUUCUUUUUCUCAAGAUUCAGUGUAGACUUCCGUGUGGACCAAGUUUUCUCCCAUGUUCCUACUUAAUCCUGGCAUUGUGCAGGGCUGGAUUGAAUUGAUACUUGGAUCCAUCGGGGCCCAAGCAGGUUUUGUAAUCCAGGGUUGCCUUUUAGGCCUAAGAAGCUUCUCUUUCUUCUCUACCACAGGCCACAGGCAUUCAGUACACUUGGCUUUCUGUAUCUGUGGGUUUCACAUCCGUGGAUUCAACCAACCUCUGGUUGAAAACCUUCAGGAAAAAAAAAUGGAUGGUUGCAUCUCUACUGAACAUAUACAGACUUUUUUACCUUUUCUUUUUGUUUUGAGAUAGAGACUCACUCUGUUGACCAGGCUGGAGUGCAGUGGUACGCUCUUGGCUCACUGCAACCUCCACCUCCUGGACUUUUUUUUCCUUUUCAUUAUUCACUAAACAAUACAGUCUAAAACUAGAGUCAUGCAUUCCUAAACAACAGGGACACAUUCUGAGAAAUGCGUCAUUAGGCGACUUUGUCAUGCCAACAUCAUGAAGUAUACUUGCACAAACCCAGAUGGUCUAGCCUCCUACACACCUAGGCUAUUCAGUCUAGCCUGUGGCUUCUAGGCUGCAAGCCUGUGCCGCAUGCUACUGUACUGAAUACUGUAGGCAGUUGUAAUCCAAUGGUAUUUGUGUAUCUAAACAUAGAAAAUGUACAGUAAAAAUACAGUAUUAUGAUCUUAUGGGACCGUUGUUGUAUACUGUUGAGGAUUGAGAUGCUGUUAUGCUGCACAUAGCUGGGUUUACAGGGCAUCUGCAUUGCAUUAGGUAUGAUAUUAUAAGUAAUCUAGUUAAAGUGUACAAGAGGAUGUGCGUAGGUUAUAUGCAAGCACUACACCAAUUUGUAUAAGGGGCUUGAGCAGCCAUGGAUUUUAGUAUUCGUGGGAGGUUCUAGAACCAGUCCCCCAUGGAUACCGCAGGAUGACUAGACUAGUUUCUUUUUCCCCUGAAAUGCCCCCAUCACUCUCUGUCCAUCACACAUGGAAGUGUUUUAACACUUUGCCAAAGGUUUUGCUUGACAGAGUACUGUGGUGAAUGCAUUGAAAGUUCCAGAACUUUCCAGAAAUCUGACAGCCCCAUCCCUGCUCCCCAGCUCCUGACUUUCUGUCAGAAAGACCCUAGCAAACCUCCCUGGACUCCCUGCAGGAGGGUGCCUCCAGUCCACUCCCACACCCCAGCUUGCAGAAGAUGCAGUCAGGGCAGAGCCUUGCAGAAGAUGCAGUCAGGGCAAAGCAGAGGGUGUCCACCUUUGUCUUCCCGGAGCGUUUGUGUCCCUGAGGGCCAUGACUCUGUCUUACUGGGCCUGUCCAACAGUCCCCUUAUGGGAUCUCCUCCAGGGACAAGAUUGGUGUCGAUCGUCUCAUUUCCCAGGGAGCCUGCUGGUUCAGCGUGGGCUCACGUUAGCCCCAAAGGAGAGGUUGGGGGAGAAGGAUCCUGAGUGGUUCCUCGGACUGUGCCCUGGGGACUGGGGUAGGGGGCUUGCUCAGGACCUGGGCCUCUGGCCAUGUGGCAGUAAAUUGUGUUGCAGGCUGUUGGAACUUGCACAGAAGCUAUAUCAUCACAGAGUUCUAAGCAUAUGCAUAAUGGCUAAAAAUCAGUACAGUUUAUGCACACACCUUGGUUGAAAGAAGGAUCCAUCAUUUUGGAUAAGGUUGGGAAAUUGUAGCCCCAAGCAGUAUGGGAGUCAGACCCUAGCUACUAGCUGGAUGGGAUUGGCCAAGUCAUCUAAACUCUCAGAACCUCAGUUUGAUUCUUAAAAUGAACAUUAUAUCCAUGGGAUCUAAGGAAGCUUCUGGUUCUUUGCUUGGUGCAUAGCAGGUUAUCAGGAAGUCAGAGUAUCUCCUUCUUCCUUUACCUUAUAGCUCAAUAACUUUCCUUUGGAGGGCCUGUGAAAUGCAGAUUCCCAGGCCAUGCCCACACCCUGCCUCCCCCACUAAUUUAUAAUAGUGAGGUGGGAUCUCAAUGCCCUUUGCAGUAAUCAUCCUUUAAGGGAGGGCUGGGGACUGUGCUGGGAACCAUCAAAGCACCAUUGGAAGGAGAGGCCCUUUCUUGGGCCAGUGCUUCGGUGCUGUGUCCCCUCCUCCCCAAAUGACUUUGGGUCUGCUGUUGCCAGGGGUUGGAGGAUGCCUGAGGUCUGGCGGGCCAUUUUUGUCAGUGGCUCUUGCAUCCAUUCUGAUGGGACCUAUCAAAACAUGCAGGACCUAUCUAAACUUUACUCCUAGCCCCACGCCCCUGAGGCCAAGCCUGCUGCCUGGUGGAGGGAAGGACACCCCUGAGGCCAAGCCUGCUGCCUGGUGGAGGGAAGGACACCCCUGAGGCCAAGCCUGCUGCCUGGUGGAGGGAAGGACACCCCUGAGGCCAAGCCUGCUGCCUGCUGGAGGGAAGGACAGACACUGGCAGCUGGUUGUACAGUACCUUUGCCUGCCUAGGAAGCUCAAGCACUUUUUUUUUUUUUUAAAGACAGAGUUUCUCUCUGUCGCCCAGGUUGGAGUGUAGUGGCGCGAUGGAUCUCAGCUCACUGCAACCUCCGCCUCCCGGGUUCAACCAAUUCUCGUGCCUCAGCCUCCUGAGUAGCUGGGAGUGUGCCACCAGGACUGGCUAAUUUUUUUUGUAUUUUUAGUAGAGACAGGGUUUCACCAUAUUGGCCAGGCUGGUCUCGAACUCCUGACCUCAAGUGACCUGCCUGCCUCGGCCUCCCAAAGUCAAACAUUUUUUCAUCAUGUGCAUGCAUUUUUCAUUUGCAAGUUUUGCCAAAGCUACCCAUUUUUUCCUUCAUGGUUGUUUGCAGUUGAUCUUAUUCCUAGGCUGCCUUCCCCAUGGAUGUCACCAGUCUGUGAGCUCAUGAGGGCUGGAUGGUCCCCUGGGAUCCAGCUACUCGAAGCUGCUGGCACAGUGCCCUGCACUCAGAGGGGCUAAUAGUAGUGACUGCGUGAAACCAGUGGCUACUUUAUGUCUGUUUACAGGGCUGGCCUCGGUUGGUGUGUAACUGUGGGCCCUUUGCUGGGAGGGGCGAGGGCUUGUUCCCUUCUGGCUCAGCAGUGUCCCUGUCACCUGGUCCCUCCUCCACAGCAGCCAUCAGGACUCAUUUCAUGCAGCUCUGAUCAAAGGUAAAGAGGGCAUGGGCAGCAGGACUUUGUCCCAGCCUCGCCAGCUGAGUAGCUGAUGUAAAUCAAACGGUCUCUGAGGCAGCUCUCAAUCAAUUUAGAAGUUUAUUUUACUAAGGUUAAGAAUGUACCCUGGAGACAGAUCUGAGCCUUUCUCCAAAGAUGAUUUUGAGGGGUUCAAUAUUUAAAGGGGAAAAGCGGGCUGGAGGGGAAAGAGGGGGUGUGUGGUCACAUGACUGAAUCCACAGGUUGUGAGAGAAAAGGAGCAGGUAGGGGAAUAGUCCAAAUUAUGUAAUUGUCUUGUGCUCAGUAAAUCAACACUUUACAUAAGAUAAGGUGAACAUGGAGCAGCUACCUGUAGAGAUGCUUAACCUUUUAUCUGCAGCUCUCUGCUUAGGAACAAAAGGAAAGGCAGCUUCUUGCAUGACUCAGCUUUCAGCUUAAGUUUUUCUUUUUGGUGGAGUGAACUGGGGUUCAGAGUUUUUAUUUUCCUUUCACAGCGGGCUCUGUGCCAGAAGCAUGGGAGGCCCCUCUGAGCAUUGCUCCAUGUCCCACCUGCUGGGGGCCCUUUGGUAAAGGACUCGGGGAAGAUGUGGGUCCUGGGGAUAGGACACUGGGGUGAUUAUGAAGAGACGGGGGCUGUGUCCUGGACCACACGCAGGCAUCUCAGCAGACAAGCACACACACCAUCUGUGCCGGUCCUGGAGGUACCGCCAGAGAAGCUGCAGCUGGUGUGGGUAGAGCAGAGCUCGGGAGCCUGACCUGGCCACAGAGGCCAGCUGGGUACCUUGUCCAGGGUAGCAAACACCAAGGGGACAUCCAACUCCCAUUUGCAGACUUGGGAAGGGACAGGUGCCAUUACCUAUGGUGGUUCUAGGUAAUUUGUUCACACAGGGCAGGAAACCCCAGCGCCAGGAGUGAGCAGGGUGGUGAGUCCUGGUCUCAGGGAGAAGCUGCUGCAGAGGCUGGGUCUGUAGGUGCCUGGCCUCCUGCCUGGUUUCAGGAGGUGACUUCAGGCCCCGUGGGGAGGGGCUUGAGGCAAAGGUUCCAGAUUGCAGCCCCGCCCCUCCAGGCCCCUCUGUCUCAAGUCUACACUGCCUGGGGUCAGGCCCAGCUGUCUUAGGUCUGCACUGCCUGGCCGGGUGGUGCCUCAUUAGGAAACAUGGCUUAAAGGGUAGUCGGCACUAAAUUGAGUAGCACAAUCCAGUCACUCAGUUCAUCUGAUGGAAACUUCCAAAGGAAUAGAGCAUCAUGCAUUGUUGAAGUUGAAACAUACAUGAACUUUGCUAUGUACAUUUCUUCUUUUAUGAAUUGUCCAUUGCCCUUUAAUAUUGCUUUGGUAUCUGUCAAAGUACAGACGUUUUACUUUUUUGUGGUAAAGUCUGUCCAUUUUUUCUGCCGCAUGAGAGUUUUUGCUUUUGAUAUUAUGUCUGGUGACGCUUCUCCGAGACAUGGAAGACUCUCAGAGACAUCCCUUCUGGGCAGGUGAAUCUGAAGACUUUGAUCUAGUUAAAAAAAUCAGUUUUUCUAUUAAAUAAUGGUUUGUUUUGGCCUAUAAAAAUGGUAAAACGCUGACAAAAUGAUGGUAGAGAAGCCAAUGAAUUUGGCAAGUCUAGGGUGCCUAUGAGGUUGUCGGGGAAGAGCAGAUAAAUUUCCCAAACACAUGAGGACAGAGGCAGCUCCUCGGUUUGGGUCCUGAGGGAGAAUCUAUCGUGGCGUUGCCAUUGCUAGUGCUGCCCCGGGGGCCUUGCGAUUGUCUGGGGACCCAGGGCCUGUGCCAUGGUGUUGACAACAGGCUCUCGGCUCAGGGAAGACAGGAUCUGGGAGGAAGGUCCCCAGAGAAUAAACUGGUUCGGAAGCUGUCCUCCGUAACGAAUGCACCCUAGCCCGCCCCUGGAAACCUCUCCCUUCAGCCCGCGGUUGGCAUGGCCAGCAUCUGGGCUCUGCCCUGGAGCUGGCUUCCCUUUUACUGAAGGUGCGUCUUCUGGCGCACUCCUGUUCUCGGGACCCUGCAGCAGACGGGUCCACAGGAAGCCGUGGAGAUGCUAGGGCGGGUGUGUUAGAGGAAAGGGGAGUGCGUGGGGAGAGAAUUGGUGCUUUUUCCUCGGACUGGAGGAAGCCCUGAAAAUGGAUGCCGACGAGGUGGCUUUUGCCUAAGCCCACGCACAGGGGCUGGUGUGUCUGCAGCAUCACGCCACCAUGGAAUAUGUCCUCUUUGUGCUGUACUUCUCUUUCUUCCUGUGUCUCUGCGCCCUGGUGUGCCUGUACUUCUCUGGCUGCCAGGAGAUGACCUAUAAGCAUGAAGGUAGGCAGCUGGUUCAGGGUUUUGUGUUUUGAGGUUCUCUGGCAGUCCCUGGCUGUGGCCGACCGAUGCUCCUGCCUGUGACAGGUGGCUCUGUUGAAAAUGAUAGGAAGGUAAGAAGACAGGUGGCUGAGAGAGACUGGAUCCGGUUGGGGGGCUAUUUGUUUUGGGGGUACCUCCUCUUUUUCCCUCUGCUUCAUCUGACCCGCUAAGGAAGAGCACCUCUGUAUAUGCAAAGUGUAAAUGGAGGAGACAUGUUUACUCUUCAUUCAUUUUGCCAAAACUGAAUCUUUUUUUUUUUUUUUUUUUUUUUUUUUUUUUUGAGACAGGAUCUUGCCCUGUCACCCAGGCUGGAGUGCAGUGGCACAAUCACAGCUCACUGCAGCCCCAACCUCCCAGGCUCAAGUAAUCUUUCCACCUCAGCCUCCCAAGUAGCUGGGACUACAGGCAUCAGCCACCAUACUCGGCUAACUUUUUAAAUAACUUUUUGUAGAGAUGGAUUCUCACUAUGUGGCCCAGGUUGAUCUUGAACUCCUGGGCUCAAGCGAUCUUUCUGCCUCAGCCUCCCAAAGUGCUGGGAUUACAGGCAUGAGCCACUGUGCCCGGCCAAAACUGAAUCUUAAUCUGAAUCUGGAUUCAUCUGUAGAAACGAGUCAACAAGGAGAGGCUUUGGUUGCAAGGAACAUGGAAGGCUAGAGGAAUUACCUUUUUAUUCAGUAGAUGGGCUCAGAAUGAGCAAAUGGUGGACAUUUUUGCUCCUAAUGUAUCUCUUGUGAGGAAAAACCUAGAGACUCUUAGAAGAGUGGAGACACAAAAAAAUGAAGUUUCUUUCAUGUUUGCCAUUUUUUUUAAAGCCCACUAUGUGCCAAUCAUGAGAGGAAACAAUGUUUUCUGAGCGGUUCUCCCCUCAUCCCUUGAGAAGCAGGUGGUGAAUUAUUUCCUGCAUUUUUUGAAAAUGCAGUGCAAAACCAGUUGCAUUGCCUUCAAGGAAGACAGCCACUGUGUUUUUACUUUAAACAUUAAUAUAUCAUUUCUAUUUUUUUAUUAAUAAAGGCACAAAUAUAUUGAGAAAUCGAGUACAUGUAGGCUUACUGCAUAAUAUAAUCACUCAACAAAACUUUUCUCUAAAGGAAACAAACUAACCCAGUGUUAUAAAAUGUUAUAAACACUAACCCAGUGUUAUAAAAUGUUAUAAAAAAAUGUUAAGGCUGGGCGUGGUGGCUCACACCUGUGAUCCCAGCCCUUUGGGAGGUCAAGGUAGACGGAUCACUUGAGGUCAAGAGUUCGACACCAGCCUGGCUAACAUGGUGAAACCUUGUCACUACUUAAGAAAAAAAUAUAUAUACAAAAAUUAGCCAGAUGUGGUGGCACGCACCUGUAAUCCCAGCUACUUGGGAGGCUGAAGCAGAAGAAUCGCUUGAACUUGGGAGACGGAAGUUGUAGUAAGUUGAGAUUGCACCACUGCUCUCCAGCCUGGGCGACAGAAGGAGAUUCUGUCUCAAAAAAAAAAA